AUGCACCAGAUUGGGAGCGGCAUGUACGUGUCCGGCCCCGCGCCGGACAGGAAGCGGGAGCGGCGGCUGUCGUCGGGGUCGGCCGCCACGCCGCCGUACACGGGCGGGGACGUGGCGCGCUCGGGCGAGCUCGGCCGGAUGUUCGACAUCGCCGCGUCCCAGUCGCAGUCGCAGGCGCCGUCGCCGGCCUCCUCGCGCCGCAGCUCGGGCCCGCUGCACCGGCCCUCGCCGUCGCCGGCGUCGGGCCCGCUGUCGCAGCUCUCGCACCCGCCGGGGCUCCUCGUCGGGCCGUCCCCGUCCCCCGCGCCCUGGCCGUCGCCGGCGGUCGGGUCGUCGUCGUCGUCGUCGAGGAAGGGGAGCAGCAGGAGGAAGGAGGCGGGGACGGCCGUGGAGGCGCCGGCGCGCGGGAGGGCGAGGCUCGGCGUCCCGUUCGCGUGCUACGUGCUGGUGGCCGUGGCGGCCGCGGCCGCCGUCGGCGCCGGGGCCUUCUGCCUCGUGUCGUGGCACCGGUGGGAGGUCCUCGCCGCGGCGGGCGGCGCCGUGGCCGCCGUCGCGGCCGUGUUCGCGUCGAACGCGUGGCGGACGGCGGCCGAGGCGGAGAGGUUCUUCCGCCGGUUCCCCGACACGGUGUUCGAUGAACAUGGCGGGGACAUGCCCGUCGGCGAGCUCGUCAAGAUCACCGGGCAAGUUACCUGCGGUCGCCACCCGCUGGGCGCCAAUUUCCACAACGCCGCCCGAUGCGUGUUCACGUCUGUUGAGCUGUACGAACGCCGUCGGUGGGGCUGGUGCUGCGGAUGCCGCCGCCGGUGGCAACUCAGACACUCCGAGGCACGGGUGACGAACUUCUACAUCUCUGACAGUAACUCGGGAAAGAGAUUCUACGUGCGUGCCGGCGAAGGCGCCGUGAUCACUCCGAUGAUCAAAUACAAAACCAUCAGCUUUGACAGCGACAAGAAGGGCGCCUCACAAAACUUGAAGAACUGGAUGGCAACCAACGAGUUAUCUUGCAACGGAGAUUUGCGUGUUAAGGAAGGGUUAAUCAGAGAAGGGGACACAGCAAGUGUGAUAGGCAUCCUGAAGAAACACCAUGCCUGUGACAUCGUCGAUGCACCAAACGGUGUGAUCACGACCGGUUGCCAGCUGAUCCGCUGCAUGUUUCCUGUCUUCAUUGAGGGGCUCAUACUGAUUGGGGAUGAAGACCCUGACGAGGCUGUAUAUAUGGUCUGA